UCGAGCUCGGAUCGCGUCGUUUACGAGAAACUCCGCGACGAUUUACUUGGAAGCUAGGGCUAGCUGUGUGUGAUAAUGGACGGUACAGACGUAAAAACGAGUCAUAUAAACACAGAAAUUCAUCAUUAAACGGUGUUAUUUUUAUGUCUUUGUGAAUAGAACGCUGUUCCGAGGCUCUGCUGAUGAAAAUAAAUCGUCACUGAGUGUGGUGUGAACAUCGUAGAAAUGGAAGUGGGCCGUCAGAUCCUGGGGAAGUUGCAGAGGAGGAAGAAGUCGCAGCUGAUGUCAGCUGUGAUCCUGCCAGGACUGGAGGUGCACUUUUACCUGGCAGACACGCAACAGAUCAUCCACCUGAAAGGCUGUCACUCGGCCGAGCAGCUGUGCACCGAAGCCGCCAAGAAGCUGGGUCUUUCUCCAUUAUGCAGCAGUCUGUUUGCUCUGUACAAUGAAACAAACAGGACAUGGUUUCCUCCAAAUCAUGUGUUCAUCGUAGACGAGACUACAAGACUCAGGCUGCACUAUCGCAUGAGGUUUUAUUUCACUAACUGGCACGGGACCAGGAAGAAACCUCUAGCUGUCGUGCGACACAGUCUCAAACAGACAGGAAACCAGGGGACGGCUCUUCUGGACUCACCGUCACUGACCUACCUAUACGCACAGAGUCAAUAUGAUUUCCAGAGCGGCUCAGCAGCACUUCGCAGCUUUCAGAGCGAGGAAGAUGCCCAGCAUAUGGAGAAUGAGUGUUUGGGAAUGGCAGUGAUGGCUAUUUCCCAUGAUGCCAUGGGCAAAAACCUGCCUGCACGGGAACUGGCUAAGAAAUUCAAGUACAAGAACUACAUCCCGGUCAGUCUGAACCGCUCCAUCUCUCAGAGGAACUUGCUGACGCGCCUGCGCAUCUCCAACGUCUUCAAGGCGUUUCUCGAGGAGUUCAACGACAACACGGUGCUGAAGAACAGCGUCAGCAAUCACGACUUGAAGGUCAAGUACAUUUCCACUCUCGAGACUCUGACCAGACACUUUGGCUGUGAGGUGUACGAACCCUUGUCCGUCAGUAUCCACGAGAAUGACGAGGUUCCCUGCAGUUCUGCGAGAGAGGACGGAGCUCAGCGUCGCGUGCUCAUUUCCGGAACCCGCGGCAUUGAGUGGCAGAGCGUGUCUCCUGAGACCUGCCCAAAUCUACAGAGGAAGAAAUCAAAGAGGAACAAAAGUCAACAGGGUCAGCUCAGCGAUGUCAGAAAAGAAGACAACUGGACGACGUUCUCGGAUUUCCACGAGAUCACGCACAUCGUCAUCAAGGAGACGCUGGUCACGGUUUACAGACAAGACGACAGGAGGAUGGAAGUGCGCUUCGCUGGCCGUGAGGAGGCCCUGGCCUUCACCAGCCUGAUAGACGGCUACUUCAGGCUCACUGUGGACGCACAUCACUUCCUGUGCACUGAGGUCGCUCCCGUCUCCGUAGAAACCAACCUACGUGAGGGAUGUCACGGACCAAUCAGCACCGAGUACGCUGUUCAUAAGCUCAAACAGGAAGGUUACGAGGAGGGCAUGUACAUCCUGCGCUGGAGCUGUGCUCAUUACGACCACGUCCUGCUCACCGUCAUCUGCAAUGAGAGAGAUGUCUCAGGUGAGAUCAUCAAGACCUUCAAGAAUUUUCAGAUCGAGAGGACUGAGGGUGGAUUUCGUCUCUGUGGGACGGACGUGGAGAAACCCACACUGAGGGAACUGACCGACCGGCUGUGUGGUCAGUGUCUGAGUACGGACAACACCACUCUGAAGCUGGCACGAGGUUGUCCUCCUCAGCCUCGAGAGCUGUCUAAUCUCCUGAUGGUGACGAGGUCGGACUCCAUCACUCCACCCUCCGUGAGCCACCUUGUCUUAAACCCCAUCAAGAAAGAGAACAUCGUACAGGACAAGCACUUGGGGAAAGGAACUCGUACAAACAUAUACUCGGGCACGCUGAGGCCGAAGAGCGAUGAGGACAGUCUGAUCAGCUUCAGCACUGAGGAUGUCCCUGUGGUCCUGAAGGUGAUCGGAACAGGACUUAAGGACGUUGCAGCCUUUUUGGAAACUGUGAGUCAGAUGCGUGAGAUCUCACACAAACACAUGACACAUCUGUAUGGCAUCUGCAUGUACAGCAUGGACAUCAUCAUGGUGGAGGAGUUUGUGAAGCACGGACCUCUGGAUCUGUUCAUGCGCGCUCAUCACGCUGAGCUCACGCCGUCCUGGAAGUUUCAGGUUGCCGAGCAGCUCGCUAGCGUCCUCAGCUAUCUGGAGGAUAAGAAGCUCGUCCAUGGCUACGUGUGCACAAAGAACAUCCUGUUAGUGAAAGAUGGUCUGGAUGGACAACAAGCUCCAUUCAUAAAGCUCAGCAAGCCGGGAGUCCCGAUCACUACGCUCAACCGAGAAGAGUGUAUCGACAGGAUCCCAUGGAUCGCUCCGGAGUGUGUGAAGAACCCUAAAGCACAGACCGUGGCUGCGGAUAAGUGGGGCUUCGGGACGACGCUGUGGGAGAUCUGCUACAACGGAGAAGUGCCGCUCAGGGACAAGAAACGUGCCGAGAAGGAGUGGUUCUAUGAAGCCAAGGGCACACUGGUGAUUCCCAACUGCAGUGAACUGGCCGAGCUCAUCACCCAGUGCAUGAACUAUGACCCCAAGAAGAGACCGUUCUUCAGAGCCAUAGUGCGAGAACUGGACCGUAUCAAGGAGCAGAACCCGGCGAUGGUGUCAGGUGGUGUUCCUGUGCAGGAGAUCGACCCCACGCUGUUUGAGAGCAGAUUCCUCAAGACAAUACGGGACCUGGGAGAGGGUCACUUUGGGAAGGUGGAGCUGUGUCAGUACGACCCACACGGAGACCGCAACGGUCAGAUGGUGGCUGUCAAGUCGCUGAAGUCUGAAAGUGAUGGACCUGAGAGCAGCAACCUGAGGAGAGAAAUCAGCACCAUGAGAGAGCUUUACCACACCAACAUCGUCAAGUACAAAGGCAUCUGUACUGAGGAAGGUGGGAGAACGAUUAAACUGAUCAUGGAGUAUCUGCCUGCUGGGAGUCUGAAGGACUAUCUGCCCCGACACAAAGCUCAGACAAGCCAACAGCGCCUGCUGCUCUACGCCAUCCAGAUCUGUCAGGGAAUGGACUACCUGGGCUCUCAGAACUACAUCCACAGAGACCUGGCGGCUCGUAACGUGCUGGUGGAGAGCGAGACACUGGUCAAGAUCGGAGACUUCGGUCUGACGAAGAGCAUCAAAGACAAUGAGGAGUACUACACGGUCAGGGAGGAGCAGGACAGUCCGGUGUACUGGUACGCACCUGAGUGUCUGAUCCACCGAAAGUUUUACAAAGCCUCAGACGUCUGGUCUUUCGGAGUCACACUGUACGAACUCAUGACCUACUGUGACCGCAAGAUGAGUCCUCCUGAGAUGUUCCUGAACACGAUUGGCCGAUCGCACGGUCAGAUGACAAUGGCGAGACUGGUGAAGGCUCUGGAAGGUGGCUGGAGGCUGUCCUGUCCUACAUCUUGCCCAGAUGUGGUGUACACACAGAUGCGGAGGUGCUGGGUUCACGCUCCAGAGGACCGUGUGGACUUCAAAGGCCUGAUCGAGGUGUUCGAGCGUCUCUUGUCGAGCGAAGAACUCAGUUUAGUGCACAGCUGUUAAAUCGCUCACUUUUUAAUACUUUUACUGUCAUGCAUAUCGUGUCUUAUCUUUUUUUAAGGCCUGAACUCAUCCAAAAUUAUUCAUUGGCAAUAGAGCAGGUUGUAUUAUUACAUCUGAAGACCUCUGAGCACUUAAACAGUCAGAAUCUGGUCAAAUUAAAAAUAAUUAGAAGAAUAAUUAUCCUUGGGGUGAUAUACUUUUACAUUAGAUGUUACAUGUUCAUAUAUCCAUAUAAAAGUCCACAAUAAUACCCUAAAAGUGUUCUUAUUCUGCAGGAUUUUAAGCAAACUCACUCAUUAGGGAUGUCUUUUCAGACAUUACAGCUGUAAUCAGUGAUCUUUGAGUUAGGACAUCUCCUCAGAGGAGAAACUUUGACCUCCAUAGCGCUCCAGAAUAUAAACAAAAGAAACAAGAUGUGGACCACCGACAAUUAACCAAUCAGGACAAAGAAAGCCCCACAGCUUGCAUUAGCAUUUGGACAGUACACGUGCAUGUUUAAGGGGCAUGGCUUUGGAGAGGACACUGAGAUCCUUUUGAUUUAUGAAACAGCCCGGCUAAAAUCGUUGAUUGUGCCUUUAAGGCAGUUUAUUUAAAGUAUGUCACGACAGAAUCAGACUGAGUUACUAAGAUUUAUUUGAUUUACUUUAAACAGUAAAAUGCUCUGGUGUGUAAAUCAUUAUUCUGUACAAAGACAGUGGAGGAAAAUUGUUCUGUGUACGAAAUAAUGAAUGUAUGUAACUGAUUUAAAGUCGAUUUAGCCCAGUGUCACUAGUUUUACAAGAACCAUACUACAUUCUAUACAGCUACAUUCUUAC